UUUUUUUUUUGCAAAAUAGCGGCAUGUCUGCACAUGCAGUUGUUGCAUUUCAAAUGAACAUCCUACCUGACAGUCUAAAAUAACUUUAAAAUGGAGACAUUUGCUUAUUUCUGUGAAGGAAAGGAAAUGUAUUAUCUUGAUACAAGGCAUUACUUUUCAUUAGUGUUUAUGCUGGAGUAUAAUUAUAAACACUUCUUUAACCAUUAGUUACUGCAGAACAAGAUGUAUAAUGAAACCUUUAAUUCCAGUUCUGUGAAAAGAAAUAAAGCAUUCAACAAAACCCAUUUUGGCUAAGUGACGUGUUUAAGCCUGUUAGGAGCCUAUACUCCCUUUAUAGAAAACGGAAAGGUGACUGGAACACAUCCAGAAGGCAUUUCAGAUCCUAGGCAGUAUGAAUCACCUUCUAAAAUUGUUUGCAUAUUUCCACUGCGUUCCCAAAUUGGAUACCUUAAUUAGAUGAUUGAAGUUAGUGAAGAUUAAUUUGGGCCUAACUGCCUAAAACUAUUAGGUGAUAAGGACAUUAACUACAAGAAGCCCAAAGAUGAAGAUGGUGGGGUAACUAUGUCCCAUUGAUUUGAUGAUAAUGUCUUUAAGAUAGACAAAAGGGCCUUAGUUUUGCUGUCUGUUAAACAGGAUUCAGAACUUUUCAAUUCUUUGUGCCUCUGAAAGAAGAUAUUGAGAAUGUUAAGAGUGGCUUAAGAAGAACUGGUUGCUUAUUGGUCACACAGUACUUAAAAGGAAGUACUAGGUCAAUACCAUCAUAUUGCAAGGGAAUUUUAUUCAUGUUUUUGCAGAAGAAAAUUAAAGGUAGUAAAAUGUUUAACUUAUAGAAAAUACUUUGUUUUGGAUGAUGAAAACUAUCAUGCUUUGAGAGCCUUUCGGUAAUCAGAGCCUAUUAAAGUUUUAUGUAGAAUGACUUUGCUUUUGAAGGGAACCUGUUUGGGAGGCUAUAAUUUUAGAGGAACUAGGUAGCCCUGUAUUCUGCAUGACAAUUUAAAACCAAAAUGGUAUGUUCUGGUUCCCUUACAUGUUUCCCUUGUUCCUGCGUAGUUCAAAGGGGAUGAAGUGUCAUUUGGCUAUUCAUAACAAAUGAUAUGACGGUAAAGUAUGAAUGAGUUAGGUAUCUUUGUAGUUCUUUAUGUUUUGAAACAGAUACAUACCUCAGCAAAAAUGACUUUUUACAAUAGGGAUUUCCCAAAAUUACUUUAGAAUUUAUGUAUUUUAAAAAGUUAUUUUUGGAACCUGGACUGCUUGAUCUGAGAAUAUAAGAAGUCUUCCCAGUAAGCUGAGAGAAAAACAUUUCUAGAAGCAUGUGUAACCUCUGUAGUAACAUCAGUGGUUUGAAUAUUUUUGCAGCACUUUUGGUUAAUGUUUAGACUAAUUUUCUGCUCUUUAUUUUUUCCUUCACGGACAGGAAGAACUUCAUCGGUUCUGUCAUCUGUUCCUUUACAGAUUCUAUUUUAUGUAAAUGGAAUUUAUUACCUCCUUUACUUCUUGGCAACUCUUUCAAUGAUUGUUUAUAAAAGUCAAGUUUUCAGUUAUCCAGAUAAUUUUUUGGCUCCUGAUCUUGCAUUGCUUUUUAUUAUGGCCAUUCUUGAAGCACUCCGAUUAUACUUGGGUUCAAAAGGUAACCUGACAGAAGAAGAGGCUCCAUUAGGGCUCAGUCUUGUGAUCACAGUCGGAAGUGUCAUUCUGUCUGUCUAUUUCCUGGUGUGGCAGACUUACGUACUAAAAGCAGAUGUCAUUAUAAAUGCCAUUCUUCUCUUUACCUACGGGCUUGAGUCAGUGCUACAGAUCAUAGCCAUUGCUGCUUUUGUCAGCUGAACCUCAGCUCUGUUUGGCAUGACACAUUUUCCCAGCACAUUUCUUCUGUAAAUGUUUUUUUA